GACAGAGAGAGAGGAAUACCACAAUCAACAAACGAGAGGCUCAUCAGACAGCAUCAGAAAAACACCGACUGAGACUUCAGCAAAAAGCAACCAAUUGAAAUGGCUGACGUCGCCGUUGCAGCUCCUGCUGACAAGAAAGCACCUCCCAAAUUUAAGCAGAGGACUGUACGCACCUUUAAGAGCAAGGCGCCUAAACCAGGCCAGAAGGGAUUCGGAGAUGACAUCCCCGGCAUGGAGGGUCUUGGCACUGACAUCACAGUGAUUUGCCCAUGGGAAGCCUUUGGUGACAUGGAGCUCAGCGACCUGGCAAAAUAUGGAAUUAUUUAGCCGUCUUCCCUCUGCCUUUACCCCCACUGCCACUAUUGUCCCUCGUGUAUUCCAACUGUUGGCUGAACAGCUGAAGAUCCUGUCCUUGUGUGCGUGCUCUAGAGAGGAGGCAGCUUUGGAUUAUUUAGAGGUUUGACCUGGAAAAAAAGAAAUCCAGUUCUCUCUCUUGUCUCAUGCACUUUAUCUCCCCCUGCCUUCCCACCGAUUCUCCAUUGUCUUCAUGACGAGUGGUGUCAGCAGCUCUGGACCUGAGCUUGCACUUUCCACAGAGACAAAAAAAGGAAAUGGAGUUCAUAUUUUGUAAAUAUGAAAGAGGGUUUUAUAUUUGUUAUUGUGGUGUCAUGGUUAUGUUUUAAUGCUCUACUCUCCUCUCCUUCAACCUCUUCUUCUCAAGGCUGCUGAAUCAACAGGCACAGAUGUCUAUGUUGUGUAUUAGGUCAAAUUAUAUUUUUUUGAGAAAGUCAUUAAUUCCCUCAACUCUUCAGUGAA